AUGGCGAACCAGACCCUGGACCAGAUGGUCAAAGGCGCUCCGCCGCCCAGCACAAACGUAAACAAGCUCGCCGAGAGCAUGGAGAGAGACCCGCCGCCAUACUCGGCCUCGAUACUCGCACACGGCCCCCACGACGCAAACGACCGACUCCCUACCAUCAAAACCCCGCGACCGCCCGUUAUUAGCGACCCCACGGCCCUACUCCCAUCGUCCCCGCCCCAGAUAUACUUGAAUCUUCUCAUCCUAGAAGCUAGUCUCCGCAGCCAGUACCUCACCUUGCGCGCGCGGCGCCGGCAAAACACUUUUGUGCUUACGCUGCUGGCAGUAUGGAUAGGCUUCUGCUUCUACCUACUGUGGCUACGGCCGCGGGAGGACGGCAAGGGAAUUGGCGGUUCACAAUACUGGCUACUUGAUAUGCUACAGAAGGUCGGCUUCAUCACAGGUGUUGUGACUGCCCUUCUGUUCUGGGCAACUGGACAAUGGGAGAGAGGAGUCCGGUGGCCACGGCGCUGGAUUGGUGUUGCCAACCGCGGGCUGAGGGGUAUGAAUGCCAAGAUUGUCGUCAUAAGAGGGCCAUGGUGGAGAGAAUUGGUCGAGUGGGCGCAUUUCGUUGUGCCAUUCUCCGGUGGUCUUUGGGGCGGAGAGACUGGAGGAAGCUCAUAUCACUUUAUCAAUGUCGCACAAGAGAGUAAGCAUGCGUUGGAUGGAGGUCGACCAAGACACCGUAUAGUCGAGGAUGGCAAGGAGUAUGCCGAGGAAGACAUUGCGCCUGGAGGCGACUACAUCAAGCUGCUUCUCUUACCAAAGCCAUUCACACCCGACUUUCGCCAAGAAUGGGAAGUCUACAGAAAUGAAUACUGGGCCACGGAAAACGAACGACGAGCCGAACUCCGCAAGCGCGUCCGCGCCCGCCAACGCGAAAUCGCCCGCGAAGAAGGCGGCUGGCUCUGGUGGACUGGCUGGCGCGGCUGGAAGCGUGCCCGCGGCCUCAGCAGCCGCAGCGCUGACGUCGAGAAAUCCGGUCACCACGCCCACCACCGCACUCUCUCCCACACGGGCUCUUCCCGCAAGCGCCGCUCCAGCCUCCUCCAACCAACCCGCAACAGAGACCGCUCCCACUCCCGCUCCUCCUCCCGCAGCACCACCCCCACAACCACCGACCUCGACCUCGACGCCCGCCUCCGCCCCCUCGAAUCCCGCGAGCGCCGCUGGAGUAACGCAUCCAGCAGCACGACUACCAGUCGCAAAUCCUCCCUCCGCUCCAGUUCCACUCUCAUUUCCCAAGGAACAGCGCAGUCCGCUCGUCAACCUCCUAGUCCUAUACUUAAACAAACGGCAAACCCGACUUCGUCGUCCAGACCAGGCACACCGAGUGAUGGCAAUGUACCUGUUUGGCAGAGCAAACGCGCCAGUAUGCUGAGUAAUGCAGAGAGUAUGAGUGAAUUGAGUGAGGAUCCGGGGUAUGAGGCUGAGCGUGGAGAGAGCGUCGCGAGGGUUGCGAGGAGGGGGAGUGGAAGGGCGGAGAGUGCGUGA